CCCGAGAAUUGCAUCUGUCUGUCCGCUCCGGCUCUUCCUGGACUACAUUUCCCAGUGUGCAUCGCUCAUCAGUGCAUGUUCAGAACUGCUUGCGAAGAUACCGAUUGUAAAAUGAGUGGACCUUCAACACACAUUUCCUAUGCUGCUCUACAAAAUGCCACUCGGAUUUCCUGAAGCAUAUACAGACAAUAAGGUGACCUAUAUUUGAAUUCAGGUACAGUGACAGGUUCAAUCUGAUUCUCACAUACAGAAGUUUCUUCCCAGUAACUCUCCACUUGCUUACCAACAUUAUGUCCAAAAAGAGGACGGCGAAUUCAAGUCUCAGAGGCAAACCAAAACGACCUCGCAAAGGAAUUUCACUGGACAUGAAACUCGAUAUUUUACGAAGGUUUGAUGCUGGAGAGAAGCUUAGUGCAAUUGCUAAAACGCUGGUGCUUGCUAAGUCAACAGUGGGAACAAUAAAAGAGAACAGAGAUAAAAUUAAGGCAAUUGCCCAAGUUGCAGCACCAUUAAGUGCUCGAACGCUUUAUCUUCAUCGUAGUGAAGUGAUGCUGACAAUGGAAAGACUGCUGAAUGUGUGGAUAGAAGAGCAGACACAAUGUAACGUGCCAUUAAAUCCAAUGAUUAUUCGAGCUAAGGCCAGGAGCUUAUAUGAUGAUUUGUUGAAAGAAAAAGGUAGUGGUGCAGGAGAGAAGCGUUUUGUGGCAAGUAAAGGUUGGUUUGACAGGUUCUGCAAGCGAUUUAACCUGCAUUACAUCAAAGUAAUCAGUGACUCUGCUGGGGCUGAUGAGGAAGCCCUGAUAAAUUCUCCUAGUGCCUUGAACAAGAUCAUAGAUGAGGAAGGAUACCUGCCAGAACAAGUGUUUAAUGUGGCCGAAACUGGUCUUUAUUGGAAACGCAUGCCUGACAGGACAUUUAUUUCUAAAGAAGAGGAUUCUGCACCAGGUUUUAAAGCUUCUAAAGACCGUCUGACACUACUGCUGGGAGGCAAUGCUGCCGGUGAUUUUAAGUUAAAGCCCCUUUUAGUGUAUAGCUCUGAGAAUCCCAGAGCCCUCGAUGGUUAUGCAAAACCUCACUUGCCUGUGAUAUGGCAUUCAAACAGGAAAGCUUGGAUGACCACAACUAUUGUUCAUGACUGGUUCACCAACUACUUCUGUCCAGAUGUGGAAAGGUACUGUGCCAAACAUAACAUUUCAAACAAAGCUCUGCUCAUUCUAGAUAAUGCACCAAGCCACCCUCUUAACUUAAAUGACCUUUCCAAUAGCGUCAGGGUUGAGUACUUGCCGAAGGAAACAUCAACCUUAAUUCAACCAAUGCAUCAAGGUGUAAUUACAAAUUUCAAGAGGUAUUAUUUGCGAAGAACGUUGAAGCAAGUGGUUGAUGCGACUGAUGGUGAAGGAAAAACAACAGUCCGAGAGUUUUGGAAACGCUUCAACAUUAUGAAUGCCAUCGACAACAUUGCUGAAUCGUGGGAUGAAGUAAAAGUAUCUACAAUGAAUGGUGUUUGGCAAAACAUAUGGCCAGGGUGUAUCAAUAACUUCACUGGGGACCCAGCAGCAGAACCUGCAGAGAAAGUUACUGGAGACAUUGUAGCACUGGCAAACCAGGCUGGGUUUGAGGGUAUCAUCAAGGAAGAUGUAAUUCAGUUGCUGGAUUCACAAGAAGAGGAUUUGUCAGAUGAAGACCUUAUGUUAUUGGAGCAAGAGCGAGCGUCAGAAGAGAUCAACGUUGCAGAACCUCCAGCCAGUCCACGUCAACUAACGACAAGCCACCUGUCUGUUACCUUAUCAUACAUCGACCAGGUUGUGGAUAUCCUCAGUGCCAACGAUCCAAGCCGGGAGCGUAGUCUAAGGGUUGUGCGUUUGCUGCAUGAUGCUAUGAGCUGUUACAGGGAAAUGUACAAGGAGAAAAUGCGCCGUGAACAACAAACAGAUUUUGAUGCUUUUCUCAUCUGCAAAUCAGAGCCUCCCUCUCCCCCCUCUCCCCACAUGUAAAUCCACUCCACCACCACUACAUCACGCUAUGCUCCACCAUGUCUCUGAUCAACAUUUCAGUAUUUUUGUGUAUCACUUCUCUUUUGUUCAGUGAUUUUACUAGCUAUCUUAUCAAUGAUUAACAUGCAUUUCAAAGUGUUUGUAUCUAUUGAUAUAUUUGUUAUUAUUGUUGAGACCAUUUGGAACCCAUCUUCCUUACAAUAUGCAAAAGUUUUGUGCUUGGGGAAAAUGUGAUUUAGAUGCUUGUAACCACUCCAUACAGCAUGGUUGUAUUAUACCUUCAUGUCACAGUCAAUGGACAGACCAGCCAGCUGUAGAUCUGGUGCUCACAGGAGUGGUGUGGAGAAUAGGCAUGUGUAAGCAACCCAGGACACAGUGAUAGCCAAUGUCUCAGCUUCAGUGUUCAAACUCAGAAUUGUAGUGAUUUUGAUAAUUAACCAGGCCUUAAGAAUCCCCAUAUUGUUGCUCAGUGAUUGUGUCUGGAUGCCUGCACUCACCAACAGAGAGUGAGAGAUUGAGACAGAAGCUCAUUCAGAAGGAUAAAGCAGAGCACGCUUCCAUUGAAUGUGGAUUUGAGCUGUCACCCAGCAAAGAAAAAGGCAUUCUGCUUUUCCUCUUAGUCUGGUCUCCACUAACAAAUGAAAAACCAGUGCUGUCUGGUCCCUGUUUCACCUCAGACAACCUCACUCAUAAUUCUUUCUGUCUAUUCCGAGUGUUUCACAGUCCACAGGACUGAAGGUUUCAUAUCAACAGUGAGGUAUACAACUAGUGCAAUAAUAUGGAAAUAAUUGACUAUUUGGGGUCCCUCACUAAACAUGGUUUAAUGGAGUGAGUCUGUGAAGAGAUGGGUCCUGAAUUAGUGUGUUUCACCAGUACUGCCCCAUUCGAUAAGGAGAGUAUGAGGCAGGCAGCUCCAGGCAAGUAUGUUACGAGGAAUGGUAAAUCUGCCAGCAAUGGCUGGUUCAGAGUGGAGACCCUAAGCUGUUGCUGAGGCAAUUUUCCUACUUCUGUCUCUUGCACUCCACAGGUUGAGACCACGAUCCAUGUUAAUUUACUGAUGUUAAAUACCUAGAGAUCUUGUUUACAUUCUUGCACCCACUAAUCAAGAAGAUUCAGCUCAAAAUAGUCAAAAUGAUUCUAUGUAUAUUAGUGCAAGUGUAAGUGUGUCCAGGAGAGAGCUGGUGGUGAUGGAUAAGCAGUGGCCAGAAAUUGAGUAAAAAAUUGUGUUGAAUUUCAAGGCGCUGCUGAAAGCCAAAUACUGAACUCCCUGGGAAAUGUAAUGGAUAGAAAUUCAAAGAAAAGUAGCACAGAUUUGCAGACAUGCCAUGACUUGGAUUUGACUGAGAUUGCUGCGGCCACGAUACAGAAUAUUAACCUAAAUCAUACAUCAGCUGUGUACCUCCUGCACUGUUAGGAAUUCUUCCCAGUGUGACUCAACCACUCAUGCUCCAGCAAUUAGCAGUAAAUCUGGACUUGUACUGCUCAGCUGAGAUUCCACUGUGAGACCCUUUUGCUUUUAAAUCUGUGAACUGACUGGAUGUCUUCCGCUAGUGGAGUUUGGAGAGCAAAGUAGUUUUAAUUUCAGUUAUCAAAACUGAGUUGCAUUUGCAGGUGAAUACACAAUUAGCAGGCAUUCUGUAAAACAGCAUUGAAGAUUAAAAGGAGAUUAAACAUUG